UUGCUGAAAAAAGAUAUAUGAAUUUGUUAACUCUCAGGACAUCACAAUGUGCAUCCUUCACAGAGAUCCUGAUUCAUUGAAGUCCACAAUGAAAACCAUGAAUAUGAUAAUUCUCAUGAUGUGUGUUGUUUGUUUCCUUUUCUUUGAUGAUGUCAGAGGUGGAGUGUCAGACACGAGAAGUAGGAUCCACACCUUACAGUCAUUAAUAUACAACAACGCGAAAACCACCGUCAAACUAGACUCUGCCGCACUGAAACAACUCAUCAAUUUAUCCGGAACCUAUGCAAACCCCCCUCCAAGAGUGAGUUUUUCUGUUUAUGUCAAAUCCAAAAUCUUGAAACUAGGAGCAUCCCAGACAGUGGUAUAUGACGGAAUCAUGACAAAUGAAGGGAAUGGAUAUAACGUUAGAAUGGGGGUGUUCGUGUGUCCUGUGACGGGAACCUACAUGUUUAUCGCAGAUUCUCUCUCUACUAAAAGUAACUUGCUACGUAUCGUCAUCAACAAGCAGACAGUAGGGGCUCUUCAGGUAUCGAGUGUACACGCAAAUCACCCUUGGCUUCAGAACAGUAGAACUGUCAUCGUCAAUGCUAAAAAGGGAGACCACGUGAAAGUUGUUAAUGUUGGAAAUGAGGGCACCAUUUACAACAAUCACUACUCCGGUUUCUCCGGGACACUAUUGUAUUGAACAAUGUUUUCAAUGUGUUUGAAUUGUCCCAUUUCAUGGAUGAAAAUGAGAAUUUGGUAAAAUGGGUUAAUAAAAUGAUUGAUUGUU